AUGGGGGCUGACGUAGUGCUGAUCUUAGCCGACGGGAACAGGCUCCGCUACGUGAUCUGCCUGGACUUCCUAGCCUCGAACAACAUCGCCGAAUAUGAGGGCCUUGUCAAUGGCCUUUGCAUUGCCAUUGAGCUCGAAGCCACCCAACUCUACGCCUAUGGUGACUCCAAGCUGAUGGUAGACCAGGUCAUGAAGGAGUCCAACUGUGAAAGCUCCCACAUGGACGCAUACUGCCAGGAGGUGCGUAAGUUGGAGGACAAUUUCCAAGGAAUCGAGCUACAUCAUGUCCCUCGGAGGGACAACAACGACGCCGAUGCGCUCGCCAAGAUGGCGUCCCAGCGGGAUCCCACUCCUAACGGGGUCUUCAUCAAUCACCUCCACGCAUUCUUGAUCCGCAUCAAGCCAGAUCCACCUCAGGGGCCGACCGAUCCGGUACCCGGGGGCCCCACUCUGGUGCCUCCUGACCAAGGGCUCAGGGGUCCCAAUUGCCUCGCAAUGGAGGCCGCAACCUUAGCGACCACUACACCGUCAACCGACUCUGGCUGGAGGAUGCCCCUGCUAGCCUACCUCCUUGACGAGAUCCUCCCGACCGACCGAACUAAGGCAUGA